AUGAUUGCCGCGACACGAGUCGCGCAUCCGCAUAGUAGGGUUCCUCUCUCGCUGCUCGUCUGUCUCUCCGUUGCCGCGCUCGCGCUCUCUCCCCGCGCCCUCGCCUUCACGCCCUCAGCCGUGCUCAAUUACCGCGGGCUUGUGUGGCGCCUCCUCGACCAAUGGCAAUCGUCUGACCUAACGGCGAAAUCGUCGCCGUCCGCUUCUGUGUUCGCCUCGGGCAACGAGACGCAGGAGGAGACUUCUGAGGCGUCUCAGGACUCGGGCGGCAAUGCCACGUGGGGAUUCUUUGAACAAUCUCAAGAUUCGGCUCGUACAACUUGGGAAGCCCGGGACGUUUCCAAGACGACGAGGGGGGAGUCGACCGGCGGCGAACUCGCUGCGACAUCGGAUGCGGAGGGAGCGGAGUCGGACCGUGCUGUUGGGAUGAGCAGUGGGUGGAGGAAAUGGAGGGGACACGUGGCGCGCGAGGAGAGGCCGUUGGGGCAGCGCAGGCAGAUGGCUGAUUCGUGGCUGGAUGGCGUCAACACACCUAUAGUGGUUCAUAGGGGAAGUGUCGGCGCCAUCGUGCGAAACAACUACGUGCACGACUUCAUAUUCGCCUUCAUAUCCGUUCUCUACUCCCCUGCUCCCCCUCCUUCCAACCCACCAGGCGUGAACACGCCCAUUGUCGUCCACAGGGGAGCCGUGGGCGUCAUCGUGCGAAACAACUACGUGCACGACUUCAUAUUCGCGGGGAUCCGCUGCGGCUCCGACGCGCACUAUGCGGGCGACUGCAUGCUCACGCAGAUCGACCGCAACCUCGUGGUGGCUGCAGGGAGGAACAGAUCCGGGGAUCAGGAUGCUGCGGGUAUCUACUUUUGUGUUCAUUGGUUCAGCCCAGCGUUGGUAAUGUAUGCGAGAACCAGCAAUGGCUGCAUGCUCAUGCGGAUCGACCGCAACCACGAGGUGACUUCUGGAAGAAGAGAAGAGAUCCGGUGA